AUGGCAUUGUUUUAUAUGAGAGAGGAGAAUUACCAAGCAAAGAUAUCUCCAUCUUCACCUCAGGGACCACUCAAAAAGAGGUCAGCUUUUGAAGAUCUCACCAACGCUUCUCAAAGUCAACCUGCCAAGCCCAAGAAGGAAGCCAGUAAUGAGUUUGUUAAAGAUGUUUCCAAGAAGAUAAACAGGAACACACCUGCUCGUGGGUAUAAACUGGAACUCUCACCAGUAGUAGUCUCAACCACCAUGGUACCAAAUAUUAUAGACAAACCGCUCAUUCUGGAGAUAUCUACCAGCUCCAAGACACCCACUGCUGAGGAGGCAUCUCUUUUCAAAAAGCCAUUCAUUUUAAAGGAGGAACCCACUACUGAGGAUACAAUCCUCAUCAAGAGGUCAUUAAAGAAGAGCACAAAUCAGGGGGAGGUGUCCCUCUUAGAGAAGCCACUAUCCUUGCAGGAGGAGACUGACAGUGAUGUUGUAGAGCCAAUGACUUUUGGGAAGAAGCAUAAAACUGAGAAGGCAGCCAUCAGCAAGAGUACAUUAUCUUUAAAGAGUAUGUGCACACAUCAGGGGAAGCAGUCCUGCACGAGGGAGGAGUUGGCCUUGCAGGACAUCAGUGUUGAAGAGGAUUCUUUCUUUAUGGAGCCCAUGAACUUUAGGAAGAAGCCUAAAACUGAGGAGGCAACCCCCACCAAGAAGCUGUUAUCUUUAAAGAAAAAGUGUACCACUCAGGGGAAGAUGUCCUAUAUGAAGAAGCCACUAGUAUUGCAGAAGAUCACCUCUGAAGAGAAGUCACUCACUAAGGAGCUGUUGUCUUUUAAGAGAGAGCCUACCACUGAAAAGGAGUGCCUUUUCCAGGAGCCAUCUGCAUCGCCAAAGAAGCACACCACUGAACAAGAGGUGUCCAUCUUGAAGAAAUCAUUGGCCUCGCAGGAGAAGGACGACACUGAAGAGGAUUCCGUCUUUAAGGAACCAUUGGCUUUUAAGAAACAACCUACCACAGCGGAGACAACCCUCACCACAAGGCCAUUAUCUUUAAAGAAGAAGUGCACUACUCAGGGGAAGAUAGCCCACUUGAAGAAGCCAUUAGUAUUGCAGAAGACCAUCUCUGGAGAGAAGGCACCCAUUAAGGAGUCAUUGUCCUUUAAAAACAAGCCUACCACUAAGGAGGAGUCCCUCUUCCAGGAGUUAUCUGUGUCGCAAGAGAAGCGCACCACUGAUGGGGAGGUUACCCUUUUGAAGAAGCCAGGGGCAUUGCAGGAGAAAAAGGAUGGUGAAGAUGAAUUUCUUAUGGAGCCAAUUUCCUUGAGGAAGAAGCAUACUACUAAGGAGGCAACCCUUUCCAAGAAGCCAUUACCUUUAAAGAAGAAGCGUACCACUCGGGGGAAGAGGUACCGCUUGAAGAAGCCACUAGUAUUACAGAAGACCACCUCUGAAGAGAAGUCACUCAUUAAGGAGCCAUUAUCCCUUAAGAAGAAGCCUACCACUAAGGAGUCCCUUUUCCAAGAGCCAUCAGCAUUGCAGGAGAAGCACACCACUCAGGAGGAGGUGUCCAUCUUGGAGAAGCCAUUGGUCUUGCAAAAGACUCCAACUGAGGAGGAGUCCCUUUUAAAGGAGGCUUUGGCUUUUAACAAGAAGCGUACCAUUGAGGAGGCAACCUCCUCUAAUAAGCUGUUAUCUUUAAAGAAGAAGUGUACCAGUCAGGGUAAGAUGUCCUGUUUGACCAAGCCACUAGUAUUGCAGACCAUUUCUGAAGAGAAGUCACUCAUUAAGGAGCCAUUAUCCUUUAAAAUAAAGCCUACCACUGAGGAGGAGUCCCUCUUGAAGAAACCAUCUGCACUGCAAGAGAAGCACACCAUUCAGGGGGAUGUGGCCCUCUUGAAGAAGCUGUGGGCAUUGCAGGAGAAUAUAGACAGUGAAGAUGAAUUUCUUAUGGAGCCAGUGUCAUUUAGGAAGAAACAUACCACAGAUGUGGCAGUCUCUACCAAAGAGUCAUUAUCUUUAAAGAAGAAAAAGUGUACCACUCAAAUGAUGAUGCCUAUCUUCGAAGAACCGUUGGACUUGCAGAAUAUGAUUGGUGAAGGUAAGGACUCCGCCUUUAUGGAGCCAAUGUCAUUUAGGAAGAAGUCUUCAACUGAUGAGGCAAUUCUUACCAAGACACCGGUAUCUUUAAAAAAGAGGCAAAUCACUCAGGGGAAGACGUUCCUUUUAAAGAAGCCACUGGUCAUAGAGAAGACUACCUCUGAAGAGGAGUCACUCUUUAAGGAGCUGUUGCCCUUUAAAAAAAAGUCUACAACUGAAGAGGAGUUCCUCUUCCAGGAUCCAUCUGUACUGAAAGAGAGACACACCACUCUUCAAGAGUGGCUUCUUCUCUCAAAGAAGCCAUUGGCCUUGCAGGAGAAUAUCACCACUGAAGAAGAAUCAUAUAUUAAGGAGCCACUGACCUUGGAGGAGAGGUCUACCACUGAGGAGGAGUUCCCCUUUCAGGAGCCAUUUUCAUUGCAUGUUAAACCUACCAACAAAGAUGAGUCCCUCUUCAGGAAGUCUUUUGCCUUGCAGAAGAAGACUGAUAACAAAGAGGACUCCUUGAAGGCACUGUUGGCUUUGCAUGACAGAAGCACCACUGAAGAGGAAUUCCUUUUCAAGAAACCAUUGGUUCUGAAGGAAGAGCUCUCCACUGAGGUGGCAGUGAGCAUAGAGGGGCAAUUAUCUUUAAAGAAGAAGCCCACUGCUCAGGGGGAGGUGUUCCUCUUGAAAAAGCAGUUGGCCUUGCAAGAAAACAUCACCAGUGAAGAGGAGUCCCUUAUUAAGCAGCCACAGGCCUUGCAGGAGAAGCCCAGCAUUGAAAAGGAGACCAUCCUGAGGGAUGAGAAAGAGACCCUCUUCGAGGAGCCCUUGGCCUUGCAGGAGAAUCCCACAAUUGAGGAGGAGGCUAUCCUGAAGGAGCCCCUGGCCUUGCAGGAGAAUCCCAGCAUUGAGAAGGAAAUCAUCUUGAGGGAGUCCUUGGCCUUGCAGGAGAAGCCCACGAGUGAGAAAGAGACCCUCUUCGAGGAGCCCUUGGCCUUGCAGGAGAAUCCCACAAUUGAGGAGGAGGCUAUCCUGAAGGAGCCCCUGGCCUUGCAGGAGAAUCCCAGCAUUGAGAAGGAAAUCAUCUUGAGGGAGUCCUUGGCCUUGCAGGAGAAGCCCACGAGUGAGAAAGAGACCCUCUUCGAGGAGCCCUUGGCCUUGCAGGAGAAUCCCACAAUUGAGGAGGAGGCUAUCCUGAAGGAGCCCCUGGCCUUGCAGGAGAAUCCCAGCAUUGAGAAGGAAAUCAUCUUGAGGGAGUCCUUGGCCUUGCAGGAGAAGCCCACGAGUGAGAAAGAGACCCUCUUCGAGGAGCCCUUGGCCUUGCAGGAGAAUCCCACAAUUGAGGAGGAGGCUAUCCUGAAGGAGCCCCUGGCCUUGCAGGAGAAUCCCAGCAUUGAGAAGGAAAUCAUCUUGAGGGAGUCCUUGGCCUUGCAGGAGAAGCCCACGAGUGAGAAAGAGACCCUCUUCGAGGAGCCCUUGGCCUUGCAGGAGAAUCCCACAAUUGAGGAGGAGGCUAUCCUGAAGGAGCCCUUGGCCGUGCAGGAGAAGCCCAGCAGUGAGAAAGACUUGUCUUCCAAGGAGCCAUUGGCCUUGCAAAAGAAUCUCACUCACAAAGAAGACACCUUUCUCAAAGAUUUCAUCAUCCUCCAAGUUGAAACCAGCCCACCUGUGUCCACCACUGCCCCUGACUCUAGAACAGGCUUGUCCAGCACUGUCACCAUGUCCAGUGUGGGCAAGUUCAGUACCAUAAGCCAGUCCAGUACUUGUGAAUCCAGUUCCAAUAAACCUUUCUCAUCUCAGGACAAGAGAUCAGAGAAGGAGAUGACCCCACUGGAGGAUAUUGACAAGGACCACAGUGAUCCAUUUUUCAACUCAAUAUAUGCUAAGGAUAUCUUCAGUUACAUGAAGGAGAGAGAGGUUUGUAGGUGGUGAGGGUGAGGGGCAAUGAUUUCCAGUUCUCAUUUUCUCAUCACACUCUAUAUGACCAGGCAGACUGAUAUCAACAGUGACAUGAGGGCCAUUCUCGUGGACUGGUUGGUGGAGGUGCAGAUGACCUUUGAGAUGAGUCAUGAGACCCUGUACUUGGCAGUGAAGCUGGUAGAUCACUACCUUAUGGAGGUAAUAUGCAAGAGGGACAAGCUACAACUACUUGGUUCCACUGCUUUUCUGAUUGCAGCAAAAUUUGAGGAGCCCUGCCCACCUUGUGUGGAUGACUUCCUGUACAUCUGUGAUGAUAUUUAUAAGCGAGAUGAGAUGCUCGCCAUGGAAAUCAGCAUCCUAAACACCCUCAAAUUUGAUAUCAACAUUCCCAUCGCCUAUCAUUUUCUGCGCAGAUAUGCUAAGUGUGUCCAUGCCAGCAUGAAGACACUGACCUUGUCCCGCUUCAUCUGUGAAAUGACCCUGCAGGAAUACGACUAUGUCCAGGAGAGGGCUUCCAAGCUAGCUGCUGGCUCCUUCCUCCUGGCCCUCUACAUGAAGAAGCUCGGACACUGGGCUCCUACCCUGGAGUAUUACAGUGGCUACAAGACCUCUGAUCUUCACCCCUUGGUCAGGCAGCUGAACAUCCUGCUGACUUUGCGUUUGUUUAAUAGGCUCAAGACUGUGUAUUCCAAGUAUUCCCACCAGGUCUUCUUUGAAGUCACCAAAAUUCCACCCUUGGACGUGAUGAAACUGGAGGAGAUUUUGAACCGCUGCUAA